AUGACCCCAGAGCUAUCAGUCCAUCCUGGUGAGGGGCAGUUAGGCCUUCCGCCCCAGGGACUCCUGAGCCCUCAAGGACCUCAGGCCUCAGGCACAUGCCUUCUCUCCUCAGGCGUGGGCUCUGCCCCUCAUGUUCACAUGAGGGGCCCCGAGGAUGGCGGGAUCCGAGUUCUGUGCUCCUCGGGUGGCUGGUUCCCCAAACCCAGGGUGCAGUGGAGCGGCAUGGCGGGAAUGAAGCUGCCAUCCCUCUCUGAGUCUCAGACCCAGGAUGGAGAUGGGCUGUUCCAUGUGGAGGCAUCUCUUGUGGUCACAGAUAGCUCUGCGGGCAACGUGACCUGCUCCAUCCAGAACACCCUCUCCGGCCAGGAGAGAGUGUCGGCCGUCUUCCUCCCAGAGGCCUUCUUCCCCAGGACGUCUCCAUGGAAGGCAGCUCUGGCUGGGACCCUCCCUGUGCUGGGGCUUCUCCUCAUUGGGAUCAGCUACGCCGGCUGGAGAGAACAUAAAGCCAAAGAAAGAGAAGUAAUGGAAAGGAAGAAAGAAUCUCAUGAAAAGGAUAAGAUGAGGGGAGAAAAGGAACAGGUGCUUGAAGUCAAAGAAAACCUCAAGGCAGACCUUGAAUAUGUGUUUCUCAGCAAUAACAGUGAAGAUUGA